GGGGCCAGGGCUGACCCCCCACGUGUCAGAUCUGAGCCACCAAGAGGGUGACCUGGGAAGACUGGAGACCCGGCCCCUCUUGGUGCAGAGGCUGGGGGACCCACUUAUGGCCUCUGCUCAGCUGCCACUCGCCUCCCUCGUCACUGAGUGUCCCCCUCCUUGGUGUCCUCGGGUACACCAGUGCCGUGAGUGGUGAGGACUGGCGGAUCUAACCCUAACCCCUGCGUAGGGCACCGCGGGUCCCGAGGGGACCCCCUGCUGUGGCUGAGGGCUCAGCUGAGAGAAUGUGCUAUAAGGGGGGACACUCCUGGGCGUGGGGCCCAGGGGUGGUCCCCAGAGAGCCUGGCUGUUGUUACCUGAGAGGAAUCAGCCUGCGAAGGAGGAGUUGGUCCUGACCCAUGGGCAGGAGCUGGGAGGGGCCCAGCUGUCGCGGCAGUGUCCGAAGCUGCUGGACACUGCGUGGCAGGAACCCAGCUCCCCAGCCCUGGGGGCGGAGGCUGGACCAGGGUCCCAGGCUGAGCUCCCUGCACAGGCUCCAGGUGGCCCUGGGCUGGUGGCCCCUCACUGCAGGCUCUGCCUCCGUCUCCACGUGGCUCUUUGCUGUGAAUCUCUGGCUCCAAAUCUUCCUUUCCUUUCUAAAGAGGCCUGACUGGGGUUCACGGUUUCAUGCUGAGUGUCCACCAAUUACAGCUAACUGCCUAGCGGACCCUAUUCUGAGUGUCCUGGUGGCCAGAUAGCCCAGGGUUCUCCAUUCAGUAGCCCUGACCCAGGCAGGACUCGUCUCGGGGCCCUUCACCAUUGCAACCUGCAAAGACCCUGUUGGCCAACGAGGUCCCAUUCUGAGGUCCCAGUGGGCUUGGCUUUGGGGGACAGGAUUCCACCUAGAGGCACCCAGGAAGGCAGGAGGACGGUGGGGCGCCCUUCCCAAGCCCCAGGAUGCACUGGGAGCUGCUCUCAGAGCACCCCGUCCUUGGAGCUCAGUGUCACAGUGUCCCUGCCUCUGUCCGCCCUCCUCCUGCCGUCUUGCUCUCCAGGAAACGAGAGAAGCACCAGGCAGCGCCUGUGUUCAGCCCGAGUGCCCAGUGCCUUCUCCCAGGCUUCCCGGGCAGCCCCGGGUCCUCCUGGACCUGCACCCACCUGGGCUGUCGGGCUGCCUCAGGGGCAUGCCACGGAGGCCAUGCUGCACGUCCCAGGUCCCAGCUGCAUCUCCCUGAGUGAACCCCACAGGGAGAGUGUGGUGGCCCUGGUGACCUGUAGGGGCUGCAGCUUCCUUCCUGUGUCCCCCCACUGGUGCCGCACCUGGGGUCUCCCGGGAAGGAGCCCUGCUGCUCGGGAGUACACCCGGGCGCUGGGCGUCUUCUCGGACCGACUUCUCUGGGGUGGAGGGCAGGUGGACGUGUCCUGGGUGGGUGUGGACGGGCCUGCUCCCUACCCUGAGGGUGGCCCGUCUGCUCCUACAGCCGAGUGGCAGGUGGCAGAAGCCCGGGCUCUGGUCCACACGCUGGCCGGCUGGUCUGUGGUGGACACCAUGGUGGUGCCCACCAAAACGCCCGAGAGGAGGCUCAUCUUUGGCAAAGGGAACUUUGAGCACCUGACAGGUGAGUCCCUUUGGGUGUGUCCCUCCUCUGUCUCUGCCAAGAGCAUGCAGGCAGAGUCCUGCAAGGGCUGGCUCCCUGGGGCCCGGGAAGCAGCGGGGCAGGUCUCAGGCAGGAGGGGACAGCCCAGGAGGAGGAUGUCCCCCCAGGCCUGUGCAUGGGGCUCAGACAGGUCACAGGUUGGAGAGUCCUUCCUGCAGCUGCGGCAGCGCCUCCUGCGGGAGAAGGAGGUGAAGCUCAGGCGGGCCCUGGAGAGGCUGCGCAGGAAGAGCUUCCUCUCCCAGCUGCCCCACGGCCUGAUCGAGUCCUUCUCUGCCACCCUGGAGGAUGUGGCCCACGCGGAUGUCAUUGUGCACGUGAGAGACGUCAGCCACCCCGAGACGGAGCUGCAGAAGGUCAGCGUCCUGUCUGCCCUGCAGGGCCUGGGCCUGCCCGCCCCUCUGCUGGACUCCGUGGUGGAAGUGCACAACAAGGUGGACCUGGUUCCGGGGUACCGACCCCCAGACCCGAGCGCAGUGGCCGUGUCCGCCCUCCGGGGACAGGGGCUGGAGGAGCUGCGGGUGGGGCUGGAGGAGGCCGUGCUGAGGGCCACCGGGAGGCAGGUGCUCACCCUGCACAUCCAGCUGGCCGGGCCGCAGCUCAGCUGGCUUUACAAGGAGGCCACGGUGCAGCAGGUGGACGUGCUGCCUGAGGCCGGGGCAGCCCACGUGAAGGUCAUCAUCAGCAACUCGGCCUAUGGCAAGUUCCGGAAGCUCUUCCCAGGAUGAACCUGCCCGCGCUGGGCACUGUGUGGCUUCCGAGCUGGAGACAAGUGGCCGCGGCCUCCCUGGCUGCACCCCCACCCCGUCCACGGCUGAGCAGGGCUGGCGCUCGGCCCAGCCUGCACCCCUCCCGCAGCUGGUCAGCCUGUGGCGUCCCUGCUGCUAUUAAAGUCCAUGUCAGGUGUGUCAACAGCA